AUGACAGUAUACAAAGACAUACACGCUGCUAUCAGCCACAUCAACAGCGUAGCUGUGAUAGGAGCAGGUCCUGGUGGUGCCUCUACCAUCAAGGCUCUCCUUGCCGAACGCAAAUUCAGCCAUGUACAAGGGUUUGAAAAACGGUCCGAUUUCGGGGGGAUCUGGAAUCAUACCGACAUAACUGACUCUCAUGAAGUUCCUAUACCUUGUGAAAAACCUAUUGAAUUAAAUCCAGUUGUAGUGGAUGGAAAAUAUGUUUAUCCCAGUCCAGUGUAUGACAGUUUAGACACAAAUGUCCCUAAGGACCUCAUGAGUUAUAGUGGACUUGAAUUCGACUCACACUUGCCGAUAUUCCCUGAUCGACGAGACGUGUUGAAAUAUGUGUGUAAAUACAGUGAAAAAGUUAGACCAUACGUUCGAUUUGAUACAAAAGUAGUUAGUGUUGAGCUAUUAGACGACAUAUGCAAGUGGCAAGUCGUCAGUCGUCCAGUUAGCACCGAAACUAAAGGUGGAACAAUAGGUGUUGAUGAUGUCGUGGAAUUAUAUGAUGCCGUGGUCAUAGCUACGGGAAAUUAUGAUCUUCCUUAUAUCCCUGAUAGACCAGGAAUGACCGCUUGGAAUGAACAGUUUCCGGGGACAAUUACCCAUGCUAAGUGGUAUAGAAACCCUCGCCAGUUUAAAGAUGUCACAGGAAAGAUUAUCAUUGUGGGUAAUUCUGCUUCGGCUGGUGAUUUAGCAUAUCAGAUAGCAACGACAUUGAAGCAAAAGGUCUAUAAAUCCAAGAGAUCAGGUAGUUUAGUCCCUGCCGGUAAGAGUGACCUAAUUGAAGAAGUGGCUGAUAUUGAAAAGUUUGACAUUGAUACCAAGUCAGUGGUACUUGUUGAUGGUACAGUUUUAGCUGAUGUCGGAGCAGUAGUUUUUGCAACUGGAUAUAUAAAAUCAUUCCCGUUUUUCAAAGCUAACCCGACACAUCCCUUAGUAACUGAUGGUCAUAAAGUCCAUGGAACUUUUAAUCACGUUAUUCUCUACAACUAUCCCAACUUAGCCAUCAUUGGUCUCCCCCGGUUUGUUCUCCCCACGAGAACUUCAGAAACCCAAUCGUGCUGGUUAGCUAGUAUUUGGGCUCAAAAAAUUGCCUUGCCUCUGGUACAACAUAUGCAACAAUGGGAACAAGAUAGAGUAGAUCUCAAGGGCAACGGAAGCAAGUUUCACGAUAUGAUCAAUCUUGAAGAUGUCCGUUAUUGUAUCCUGCUUACUGAGCAAGUCAUUAAAGCUGGUGGGAACCUCAUUCCUCAUGCAUGGGAUAAACAGCUGAUUUCCGUGCGAGGGAUGAUCAAACUGAUCAAAGAGGCAUAUAUUGAGUACAAGGGUAAAACUGGGAAAUGUGCUGCUUCAUAUAGUGAGCUUAUUGAUGCGGGUUUACUAGACAGUGUAACAUUACCUGAUGAAAAAUUACAAGAAUUGGGGUUCAAAGUGUAG